AAAAAUUUCUGAAAAUGCAGUUUCUCGAGUAUCAUUUGGUGCUGAUCAGAAAAGAGCUGAGGUUAUGGGUAAACCAAUGGAGACCAGAGACCAGGCAAGGCAAACAGAAUCAGCUGAAAAGUGUCACCGCAAGGAAAGUGUGACCAAGAGUGAUAAACCAAGGGAUCAAGAAGGGGUAAAGAAGACUGAAGCAAAGGAUAAAGACAGAAAUAAAGAGAAGAAAGAGGAAAAACCAGAGUCAAUAAAUAAAAAUCGUCAGGAGAAACCAAAAUUGAUAGGAGGGCCCAAAUUAGAGAAAAGAGAAAAGGACUCUCUGCCUGAGGUUUCACGGGCGAGCGUCAAGAACCUUAUUACCGAGGGAAAUCUUGGCAAACGGAAGGAUCAUAUGACAAAUGGAUUCCUGUAUGAAAAUGGAACCACGCCACACAAGUUACAGAAGCUGAGUGCUUCUGUACCAUCUGUGGAAAAUGGAAGAAUAAUAGGUGCACCCCGAACUCCUCCAAUGCCUACUUCUGAGGUGCAAGGAACGACUUGCAAGCCACAAGUCAAAGAAGUUAGAAUUAACGGUUUUGCUGUCUCUGGAGAAAACCAUAAAGUCUGUCCACCAAGCCCUUUGGCUGCAACGAUGAAAGUGAAAGUCAAGGAAAAUGGUGAAGCAUCCGCAAAGCCGCCUCAUCCUGACCUAAAGUAUCUCAAUCAGAUACUCAAUGUACCAACAAGGGAGCUGUUGCUGGAGGUUGAUGAUGACCAAGAAUGGCUACUUGGUCAGUCGGGUAUCAAAUUAAAAAAGGCGAGAACGGAUCCUCCAGAUUCUGGCGAAUCCUUGGAGGUCUGGAACCAAGCUUUCAGAAUAGAAUCUGCGGAUAUCGCAGCUCUUCCUUAUGUAGUUCCAUUUUAGCUGUGACUAUAUUCUCGGAUGUUCCUACGCCACAGUCCAUGAAGAGAACUAUCCCUCACACAACGCCACUUCGCAGCAGUGUUUGCUAUGUUAGCAGCAGCAUCUAUGAUGGCGCUAUAAAGGAGACCGACACAGCACUCCAUUGCUCCCCAAAGCUUAUGAGCAGGGAUAAAAUAUGUUAUACGCC